AUGAGGAUCCUAUUGUGGCAGAUGCUGCUUAUAGCCCUCCGCAUAUUACCUUCGGCCAUUGCCCAUGCUGCAACAAAUCUCGCCCCACGGCAGGAUUCGUCCAGCUCAGAUACCCCGUCUACGACAGCAGUCAGCUCUGAGGUCGCAUUCUUGCAGACUCUGCAGAUGGCUCAGAUCACUUCCUUCUCCUGCGUCAUCACACUGGUCAACAUGACGACGACUCCUAUUGGUAAUUGUCUCGGUCUGACAACACUUGCCCAACUUAUUCUGAAUCCAUCAACGAAUGCGUCAUUCUCGACUCAGCUCAAUACAUACCUGGGAGGAGUUUGCGCCAAUGGACAAUGCUCCAAUCAAGCUAUCGCGGAAGCCAAGGGACAAUUAGCAGGGACUUGCCAGUCAGGGACGAAUAAUACCCUUAUCUCCGUCCUGGAUGCCAUACUGGAUAAUUACAGCAACAGCUACUUUACUUUGGCCUGCAAAGUCCAUUUCAAUGGCACAGCCGAUCUGUGCCUACCGGCGUCCCUCAACACUUCACAAAACGGUAACAAUAACGAUUUCUUCAACUCCCUCGUUACUGGCGACAAUCUCGACGCAUAUUCACAAAGCGUAUUUGGCAGUUCGCAGUGCACAGGAUGUAUCCAUGAGAUGUACAAGGCAGCCGUCUAUACGUUGUCAAAAAUCCGUGGGCAGCCACUGACCGAGUCGUUCGGCAACCAUUUACAGAAUGACUGUCAAGGUCAAGGUGGAAAUAUCGAUUGGACAAAUGUUCAGGACCAGCAGAUUCCCGAUGCUUUACAGGUACAGCAGGCAACUCCAGGUCAGAACGGUGGAAGCAUUAGACAGUCUGUGGUGAACGUUGCCAUCUUGUCACUGGUCUGUCUCGUGAUAGGAGGCAGUGUCCUCUGGUCUACUGAUUUUAUCUUCGGCUGA